AUGCGCGCGCACCUGGCGCGGCGCAGGGUCGCGCGGCCGGCCGCCGGCGCUGCCACCGCCGCGCCGGAGAGCGAUUCAGAUUGGGCAGGGGGAGAGCCUGAAGGCGAGGCGGACGCGGAGGCGGAGGCGGCGGGCUCGGCGGACGAGUCGACGGCGCUCGCGUGCGACGUGUGCCAGGUGAGCUUCGCCAGCCGUCGCAAUCUGAACCGGCACCGCGCGCAGCACGACGGCGGCGCGCGCUUCGCGUGCGAGGAGUGCGACCGCUCGUACGCGCGGCUGGACGACCUCACACGCCACUCGGUGGAGGCGCACCGGCAGGAGCGCCGCUUCCGCUGUCCGCGCUGUGUGCGCAGCUUCACCCAGAAGCGCAUCGUCGAUUACCACCUGCGUUCGCACGCGGGCGACCGGCGCACCCGCGCGCAGGCGCAGCCGCCGGCCCCGGUGCGCUACCACUGCGAGGAGUGCGCGACCGGCUUCGACACGCGGCGCCGCUUCCUGCGCCACCUGCAGCUGCGCCACGACCAGGCGACGCCGCGCUACGGCUGCGAGCUGUGCGACGCCACGUACGCGCGCAUCGACGAGCUCACAGCGCCACACCAUCGCUGUGUGUGCGACAUCUGCGGCCGGCGCAUCAGCUGCCCGCAGGCGCUGCGGCGGCAUCGGCUGCUACACAGCGACGAGCGGCCGGCCAAGUGUCCCACCUGCGCCAUGGCCUUCAUCGACGACGUGGCACUGGCCAAGCACGUGCUGACCCACUCGGAGGAGAAGCCGUUCCUCUGCGACCACUGCGGCAAGGGUUUCCGCUUCAAGGACUACCUGCUACGGCACACGCGCUUCCACACCGGCGAGCGACCCUACGCGUGCAGCGGCUGCGAUAAACGCUUCGCCACGAGCGACACGCUCAACCGACACUUUCUGAUCCACACGGGCGAGAAGCCGUUCGUGUGCCACGUGUGCCAGCGCCCGUUCCGGCAGUCGCAGCAGCUCAAGACGCACAUGAAGGUGCACGAGCGGAAGGAGCUGCUGCUGGUGCUGGACGCGCCGCUCGUACCCGCGGAGUGAGGCGUCCCCUCGCCCAGAGCGCGUGUGUGGCGCAUGGGACGAGGCGAGACAUUGGUGGAGCCCGGCGGUGCAGGCCGGCCGUGGUUUGCAGCGUACGUGCAUGUGGAUGUUUUUGGAAGGGGGGGGGGGGGGUGGACUCCGAGUUUGGAGAGGGCGCUGGUAAUCGAGCGGGUGUAGUCGGGGUGUGUGCAGUUAACAGGUUCCCGUACCCGCAGCCAGUUUAUCGAGGAUGAGGUGUAGCGUGGCUCUUUCGAAGGGGGUUUCCCGGGUUGUUGGCUGAACGGUGUAAUCGUGCUGCCGUGCUAGGUGGGUGCUCGUGUGUGUGUGCGUGUGCAUGAUGAGUCAUGACUAACCAUAUACCUGCGCGUCAAUUCAAUGUGUUUUGCUAUGUACUUUACGUUCAAGCGUGUGUGCAUACGUUUUGGAAUGCGUGGGGACUGGUUGCUUCAUAUUACCCACCCUGCAUUCUCGUCGGCGUUAUUUCGGGGCAUAUAAAUCAGCAAUUUAGUUCCUUACGCUUGUAGUUGAAUUGAAUUUAGUUCCAAUCAGUAUAUUAUACAGCUAGCUCCGGCUCCACAUGCGGUGCGUAGGUUGCACAGCCUAUAUACGUAUGCUCCGCUCUCGCCAUCUGCGUGCAAGGUGUUGCUGUUGGUGACAAAAGCCAGAGUUUAACCCAAACGGAGCUUAAGUGUUGCUUUGAGUGAAAUGCUCGCAGUGAGCCUCUGAGCUGUUUUGUGCAGCGAGCGACACGGGGGUGUGGUUUUAUGUUUGGUUGGGGUAGCUUCAACGCGCGACUUGGAGACCAACUGCGUCAAAUGCGGGAGAAACCCUAUUAUGUGUGCUUCGGAAUUAAGUUUAACUUUUCCCUGCUCAGCCCGCGAUUUUUAUUGUAAAACUAUG